AAAUAUGCCUGACUUUCGGAUAACUUCAAAACCCAACCAAAGUAUUUAUGUUAAAUUACAAAUUUUUAUAUUUUAAUAUCGGUACAAUAUAAAGAAGUUGUGAGUGUCAAAAUUUCAGUGGACUUACAAAUCAUGGACGAAUGUCAAGAAUGGUUACUUGAUUACGAUGAUGUUGAAUUCAAAAACGAAAAAAGAGAAUGGAGCACAUGUGAUGACUUGUUAGAUGAAGAAUCAAUUGAAGCGGAAAAUAUUUCAUUAAUCGAAUUCAACACUUUAAUAAAAAACUUGAUUGCGGAUAAUGAAAUUGAAGAAUUGAAAACUAUAUUAUCAAGUUCAUUAUUCAGUGAAACAAUAAGUUUAAACAGUUUUGAGAUAAACAAUUCGACGUUACAUUGCUCAGAAAAGGACAUACACGACUCAAAUUUGAAAAAUUUUAGUUUGUUUGAUGUCUAUCCAAUUCCGAAUGAUCCGGGUUUUGAUGCUGCUUUUUGGAUAUUAUAUCCUAAUCUUCCAAUUUAUAAGUCAGAUGGAAUAAAUAAAUUUUAUGACAUCAUUAAAUUACUGAGAUUAACAUCAGUGGCAUCCUUAAGGCAGCAAUUGAUGACUGACAAAAUAAAUUUAAGUUUUUAUGGUGUGGAUCCAAAAGUAAUUCAAGCCUUAAGUGAAGCAUUGCUAUUGAAUAAUACAGUGCAAACUUUGAAUUUGCAGGAAAACUAUCUAACAGCAGAUGCAUGUUACUACUUGAAUAGACUAUUGCUACAAAAUACAGUUUUAAGUUCAUUGAAUUUGAGCAAUUGUAAAAUUGGAGUAGAAGGUGCAAUGAGACUCGAGGAAGGUAUCUCUAGCUCAUCAGCCUUACGACAACUCAAUUUGAGUUAUUGUGAACUUGGAAAGGAAGGCUUUUACUUUAUUGCAAAAGCAGUGGCAGCCAAUACUUUAGUGCAAAAACUUGAUAUAUCUUAUAAUAAUUUAGAUGAAGGUGCAGCACUCUAUAUGAAAAUUAUGCUUGUUUCAACUGAAUCUCUCGAAUCUUUAAAUGCCAGUUGGAAUGAUUUUUACACAAAAGAUUCUUCGGAAAAAUUAUUUAGCGGGUUAUCUCUGAAUACUACAUUAAAUUCUGUUGAUCUGUCAUGGAAUUCUUUCGGAAAAGAUAGUAUUUCUCAUAUCAGCAAUUACAUUUCUAAUACAAAAAAUGUCAAGUAUCUCAAUCUUGAAGCUAAUCGUCUUGCUGAUGCAGAAUUAUUAGAAGUAGCACAAGCGUUAUUGGUUAACAGUUCUUUGCAAGAACUAAAUUUGAAUAAAAAUCCAUUUGGAUCAAAAGGAAUUUCAGAAUUCAUAAAACUGCUUAACACACAUAAAAUAUUGGAAUGUCCUCUUUUGUUGAUUGACUUUGGAAAUCUUUGGGCAACGAAAGAUAGUCUGCCUAUAUUAGAGCAAGUUAAAGAAAUAAAGCCUAAUUUAGUAAUCAAAUUAGGAGGAAUUUUAGAAAAUUUUACAAUCAUUGGACCUGAUUUAAAAGAGUUAUUUUUUAUGACAGCAAAUUACGAAACAACAAACAUUAAGAAGAAAAAAAAACAGAGAAACUUUGGACAUUUUGUUUUAUCCCUUGAAGAUGCUCUUGUUAGUAAAGAAAAAUUCAAAGAACUAUUGAUGGAUGCAAAAAUACAAAUAUCAGAUAAUCUAACUAAUGAAAUCAUAAAUCAAUUUCUUGUUACUAAAAAAUCACUCGACCUAGUUGCAUUGAAAAAAUCGUAUCUAUCUUACUUUCCCAAUACUGAAUUGCCUACAGCACCUGCGACUCAAACUAAAAUAAUUGAUAAACCAGAAAUCGAAAAAAAGAAAAAGAAAAAAGUGCUUCAAAGGAAA